CAUACCAAAACACGGAAGUAUUUCAACUUAAGGGUUUCCACUGAGGGCUAAUUAGGGAAGCUAGCUCCAAAAUGGGUUCUACGUUUAUUUCGUGGGACAGAUAAAGACGUUUUAUAAUUUCUUUCUUUGUUUUUGUUCAGUCAGGGCCUUACCGAGAGGUCGUGUUGCUGUUAGGAUGGUCCAGAGUCUGUUCCGGUCGGGUUUUCUGGUGCGGGUCGGUCACACUGUGCUUACCUGGGUCGUAACCCUCAUUCUGUUCCUGCACAACACAGAUUUGCGGCGAUGUGAGGAGCGAGGAGAGCUGCUGCUGCCCGCGCUGUUCUUCCUGCUGGUCCUGCUGUCGGUGCUUUUGUACUUCACCGUCUCGUUAAUGGAUCCUGGGUUUGUCCUCACUGACACGUUUAAGGGAGGUCAAGGGUCAGAUGAAGAAAUGGAGUUGAUGAUCCCUCAGCCGUCGAUCCCUCGGCUGCGGCGCUGCGGGUUCUGCCUGCUGCAGCAGCCAAUGAGAGCGAAGCACUGUAAGACGUGCAAACACUGCGUGCGGCGCUUCGACCAUCACUGCCCCUGGAUCGAGAACUGCGUCGGGGAGAGGAACCACCGCUGGUUCGUGGUUUACCUGCUGGUCCAGCUGCUGGCGCUGCUCUGGGCCCUUCACAUCGCUCUCUCGGGGAUUUCUCCCGGCUUGACGUGGGAUCUGUGGUUCCGAGUGAACGGCUUCCUGCUGGCGGCGCUCGCCGUGGUCGGGGUUUUCUCCGGCGUCAUGCUGCUGCUGCUGGGCUGCCACCUCUACCUCGUCUCCAUCAACUGCACCACCUGGGAGUUCAUGUCCCGCCACCGGAUCUCCUACCUGAAGAACUGCGGCGGCGAGGAGAACCCGUUCGACCGCGGCGUUUUCUGCAACCUCUGGGAUUUCUUCUGCAUCUGCAGGACGGUGAUGUGGGAGCAGGUCUACCAGAAAAACGCCACAGAACUCAACGAAUUUUAAAAAGAAGGAAAUAUUGACUUUUUGCAGGAAUAUUUUAGUUAUUUUUGUUAUAAAUUUCUUUUCCAAGGAGCCAAAUUUUCUAUUUAUUAUUCAAAGGGUUCUGAAAAUGAGCAAACAGGCAGCAAAAAUUUUAAAUAAAAAUUAAAAAGUUUUAGAAAACUGUUGAUUAAAAUCACUUUAGGAAGUUACAAGCAAAGCGUUACUGCAAAAACUCAAAGUAUUACCAAGUAUUUUGGGUCUAUUCUACUACAAAUAUGUUAAAAUAAGACAAAACUAACUUAAAAGUAACUUUUCAGCAAGAUAUAGGAGCUUAUGUGUAAGUCAAACAGUAAAAUUGUUUAUUGAGACCAUUUUCAAGUAACACAAUAAUAAUGCAAGUUUGUCCUUUUAAAGAUAAAAAAACCUUUUAUUUUGUCAAGAACAUUUUACACAAGAAUUGGAAAAUAUUUUAAAUAUUCAGAAUAAAAUACAAAUAAAUGACCAAAACCAUUAAUUGAAUAGAUUAUGAAGUUUGUAAACAAAAUAUUCCUUCAAAAAAACUAAAAUUAAGCCUCAGAAUGGAAAUUAUUGAGCUCCUUUUAAUUUAACAUGCAACUAAUUGUUUAUUGCAUAAUAUUUAAAAUAUCUUCCAGAUCAAGUUUUAAGUGUACUUUAAAAAAAUUAAGUUUAUUAAUCUUUGAGAGGGCGAGCUUGCAUUAUUAUGCCAUUAUCUACAUAUUAAAAAUGGCCUCAAAACAUCAAUAUUAUUGUGUAAUUUCUAAAUUGUCCCAAUAAUUUCUGGGACAAUUUAUCGUCCAGUACAAUUUAUUAUUGUGACAGACCUCAUUAUAGCUAAAAUAAGACGUUCUUACAAUAUUCCUUAUAAUAUGGCACAAAAUUUCUUAUUUCACUCGUAGAUUAUUUCACUUAGUACUUUUUCAUCAACAUUACUGACUUAUAACUAACCCCUGUAUCUUGCUGAAAAGUUACUUGUAAGUUAUUUUUGUCUUAUUUCAAGUGUACUAACAUAUUUGCACUAGAAAUUAGACCAAAAAUACUUUGGUAAUAUUUUGUGUUUUUGCUGUACUGACUUCUUAAAUGCCCAAUGACUCAAGUAUUUCUGUGCAGUAUUAUUGUUUUUAAAAAAGCAACUUUAAAGCUUUAAAUUUAUUGUGUGUAAUUGUUGAAAACAAAAACAAAACGUCUCGUUUUUGUUUUCAUCUAAUCAAAACCAAGUUUAAUGUCGAGACCUUUUCCUGUAUUUACAGUUGAUUUCAGGAAACUGUGUGUCUGUACGGAUGGUUUGACGUCAAAACGUGUAUUUUAUAAACACAGCUAAUAAUCUGAUCGACUUUUGGUUCUUCAGAGCGUUAUUUUUUAACAUUUUUCCUGUGAAAAAACAGAUUAUUGGCUUGAAAAAAGCUCCGUAUUUUACUCAGGUCUGCCCAACACUACAGCACUAAAUGCCUUUAAAGCUCCAACUGCUUGUGUUAGUAAUUUAUUUUUUAACUGUUUCACAUGAAAACAAAGAGGCGGACAUGUUUUUUUUUACUGUACUGAUUUGUUUUGUAUUUAUUAAUUACAUUAAAACACAUUUGAUAUGCAUGUUGAGCUCGAGUACAUCUGUACAGACGGACAUUCCUAUUCAGGAUGCUUCACUGACAUUUAAAUACAUUUCUGACAAACAUACACAACAUGUAAUAUUCAGCAGCGGCAGCUUAAAGUGCUACAACAGUUUCCUAAAUGUUUCGCUACAGAUUCCUACGUCAGCUGAACCAAACAGCCAAAAUAUCGACUUUCAGAGGAAUAAAAGAUGUGGAGGUUUUGGUUCAAAGCAGAUGAUUCCUUAAAGAGAACCGCUAACGGAUGAAAAGGAUAAUAUUCGGAAAACUUUAAUCCGAUUUUUGAUUUUCAGGGAUAAUUUCCGGAGUUAAUAUAAACUGACGCGGUUUUGUGCAAAUUUAAUUUAGUAGUAUGAAAACAAGUUGAAAAUAUUAGGGCCAUCCUAAAAAACAAAUUAAAAAAUAAGAUUAAGAGAAUAAA